AUGCAUAACACGGAGAUGGAUGCUGGAUCAUCGUUUGACCUUGCAGAACAACUUUUGCGUCUUCAGGAGGAUGACAUGAUCAUUGAAUACGACGUGAGUGCAAUGGACGUCAUGGCUCAGCAAGAUCUCGUCACACGUAUUGUCGAUGCAGUAGCAUCCUCAGCUACUUCUGUAAAUGAUUCUGAUGUAUAUCAGUGCAUGCUAUCAUGCAUCAAGAGUGUGAGCAACUUGCCGAACCACCUGGCUCACAGACUCCUGGACACCAUUCUUAGUGGAAUGAAUGCUACGAUUGAAGAAGUUGUAGAACUGGAUUCAUCCCAAUGGGCUGCUUGGACUGAACCUUUGGAGCGUUAUGCUUUUCUUCUUCAAUGGCUUGUUGAACUACUGGAAAAACAUCGCGAGUUGUUUGGAAAGUCUGACAAGGGCAUCACCAAGCGUGCUGGUUCAUCAUCAACAUUGUCCACCGCUUUUAGAGACAAUGGCGAAGGAUCGUGGACGUGGGCCUCUUCGCUCCCAGUCGUUUUGAGGCUAUUUUCUAAAACGCUUCGUACAGUACCUGAACGCAUGUGGACAUCGAAAGCCAGCCGUGAUACGUUCAUAUCUCGGUGCAUUCUCCGACCAGUGAUGCUGUGUCAAGAAAAUGAAGUAUAUCUGAAGGACACAGCAAUCAAAUUGGGCAUAUUUAGGGUUGUAUGUUUGGCAGUCAAACUCCACGGCCAGGGCUUAAAUGUCCAGACCAGUAUAUCACAAGCGCUCCAGUAUUACGAGCAUUUGGCCGAGCCUAUGGCGGAGCUCCUGGGUGCCAUGCGCACGGAGUUUGAUGUUGAAGUUCUUGGGGAGGAUGUGCUUCGUGAUUUUGCAGCGAAGUCAUUUACAAGUCUUGAUUCAAAGGGUCCACGGAGCUAUGCCCGUUUCCUCGUGCGCAUGACGGAGCUGAAUCCGCGCAGUGUUUUGAAGCUCAUGAGUCUGUUGCAGAGGCAGCAGGAGAGUGAAUCAUAUCCAAUUCGCAAUGCCAUGGUCGAGGUGCAUGGCCUCCUUAUCAAGUACCUCGCUACAAGUGAAGAUGACGUCGACGCAGCACUAAAUAGUAAAGCUGGUCAACUCGACACGGACGAUGAUGGUGAUGAUACGCGCAAUGCACGUGAGAAGCAAAUGGACGUGCUUUUCGAGCGCUUGUUCGAGCGAUUCCUUGAUUUAACGACGUUCGUUCGUACCAAAGCCAUUCAGGUCUGUGGUAGACUUUGUGACUUGGCCGUGCGGCUCCCUGCCCAAAGACUGCGGAUGACAUCGCUGGCAGUCCAGUCACUUGAGGAUAAGAGCAGUAAUGUGCGCCGGAAUGCUAUUGCCCUUCUUGUAAAACUUGUACUGACACAUCCAUAUGGUGUUAUGCAUGGCGGUGAACUCAAUGCUGAUGCAUGGACGCAGCGUCGGGAUGUUGUACGUUCAGAGCUCGAAAAGGCUGAGGAACGACUCGCGUUUCCUGUGACAGAGGAGGGUGAAGCCGAUGCUGGCAUAGACGGCGAGGACCAAGACCAAGGCGAUGAAGACAUGUCAGGUAAAAUGUCGAGUCGCAGCGGCAAACCACGACGCUCUGAGCUUGACCUAGAUGCCCUUGCAGCUACGCAGCAGUCUAUGACGCAUGCAGAGCAUGAAAAACUCGUCAAGUUGCGUCUCACUAUGACAUACUACGAAGACGCACUCAAGUUCAUCCACCUUCUUGAGCAAGGCGUCCCGAUCCUUGUUCAACUGCUUGCAUCUACAAACAAGGCAGAGGUGCUUGAAAGUAUGGAGUUUUUUCGCGUCGCCCAUGAAUACAGGAUUCAUGGCGCUUCUGACGGCGUCCGAGCCAUGAUUCAUUUGAUUUGGACAAAAGAUAAUGCCCUAGUCAUGGAAGACGGCAGUCAGCUGAAAGGGAUCCGCAGCCGUCUUAUCGAAGUGUAUCGCUCACUCUACUUUGAUCCCUACCCAGGUCUAAGUCGCUCUGAGCACGUCGCCCUUGUAUGCCGCAAUAUGAUCGAGCGCACGUUCGGUGCGACUCUUGCUGAACUCACGAGUCUUGAGCAGCUUUUUAGCCUCAUGCAUGCAGAGGGUCUCGUGGAGCGCGCCGUCGUUGAAAAGCUUUGGGACGUGUAUGCGAGUCCGCUUCCCAUCUCUCGUGCUCAGCGCCGAGGAGCGAUCAUGAUCCUGAGCAUGCUGGCGAAGGCUGAGCGCGAGCUUGUUGCAGAAAAGAUGGAUGUGCUUUUGCGCAUUGGUCUCGGCCAUGUUGGUUCGAAAGAUCUCGUGUUGGCAAAGCAUACUUGCAUCGCCCUGCAGCACGUUAGUGGCAGUACGAAAAAAGUGAAAGGCACUCUCGCAGGUGGCCAUGUCCGUUAUCCAAUGCAACACCCCAUGUUCACCCGAUUAUGUUCGAUCAUUGAGAUGCCAUCAACAGAUGAGAAGGACCGUCAUUCCGAAUGGUUCGGCGUCGCUGAGCAGGCGAUUGAUGCGAUCUAUCUCCUGGGAGAGCAGCCAGAUGCUCUUUGCACGGAACUCCUGCGCCACAUGACUCUCGCUGCAUUUGCUUCAACGGACCAGCGCACAAACGAUGUGUACCAGAUGGCGCAGCUCGUGUUUGUGGUGGGUCAUGUGGCGUUAAAGCAGAUGGUGCAUUUGGAGCUGGUCGAGCGAGAAUUUAAGCGGCGGAAGGCUAUGCGUGACGAUGCAGCGCAGCAAAACUCUGGUGCGUCCAAGCCAGCGACGGCGUCGGAGCUUGAUCAGGUUGCGGAGCAGGCUGAGGAUGACAUUGGCGAAACGAUGGCAUGGGUGCGUGAUCGUGAGCUCCUGUACGGACCAGAAAGUCUACUAGCCUUGUACGGGAAUGUGGUGCCGUUCAUCUGCUCGAAUACAAGGCAAUAUCCGGAUAUAUUCUUGCAGCGUGCCGCGGCUCUGACACUGUGCAAGUUCAUGUGCAUCUCAGCUGAGUACUGUGAGGCAAAUUUGGGCCUGCUACUGCAUUUGUUGCGAACGUCCAAGGAUGCGGUCGUUCGUGCGAAUGCGGUCAUUGGUCUUGGUGACGUCGCUGUGUGUUUUGGCACGCUCGUCGACGAGAACAGUGAGCGUUUGUACGCAGGCCUCGGUGACAAGGACUUGGGUGUGAAAAAAAAUACGCUGAUGGUGCUGACUCACCUGAUUCUCAACGGCAUGAUCAAAGUCAAGGGACAAUUAGGCGAGCUUGCCAAAUGUCUCGAGGAUGAGGAAAUGCGUGUGAGCGAUUUGGCCAAGCUUUUCUUCAGCGAAUUGGCCGCGAAAGAAAACGCCGUGUACAACAACCUGCCAGACAUAAUCAGUCACCUUUCGACAGGAGAGCAUGCUGUCGACGAGACAACGUUUAUGAAUACGAUGCGUUUCAUCUUUACCUUCAUUGAUAAGGAGCGCCAAGCGGAGAAUGUGAUUGAGAAACUCUGCCAGCGCUUCCGCCUCACGACUGAGGAACGGUCCUGGCGCGAUAUUGCUUUCUGUCUUUCGCUCCUGCCCUAUCGAUCUGAGCGCUCCAUCAAAAAACUCGUCGAUGCUCUUCCCUUCUACCGAGACAAGCUGUAUGUGCCUGAUGUGUUCCAGCGCUUUUCUGAAAUCUUGGCCAAGAUGCACCAGGGCAAGUCCUCUUCAGCCGCUGCCAAGGCAGGCGACACCGACUUGCGCGAAUUUGAAGAUGUGCUUGCUCAUGCAGCGUCUCAAAGCACACAAGAUCACGCCCUUGAAGAUGCUACGCAGACUCAGACAGCGAAGCUAGAGCGUCGCCAUGCGCGCCCACUCGUAUCGAAAGGUCAACCUAGUCGCCCUGCACGUACAACGCGCCAGACGCGCCGUCGCGUCACCUAA